UGUGAUCACACACGAGCCCUCAGAAUGACACGGCUCUGAUCCCAGGGAGGUGAUCUCUGAAAUUGCUCAGUGAGCACCCCUAAUUUACCUGAUUGUUGUAUCGCUGUCAAUCACACCCAAUGGAAUCCAAUCAGAAAGCAGGCAUGGAUGGACUGGCGGGGACGCAGAAGGAGGCGGCACUGCGGGCGCUCACGCAACGCACAGGAUACCAACUGCUACAGGAGAAUGGUCAGAGGCGUUAUGGUGGCCCUCCGCCCAGCUGGGAAGGCCCACCGCCAGAGAGAGGCAGCGAGAUCUUUGUGGGUAAACUACCGAGAGAUUUAUUUGAAGAUGAACUGGUUCCGCUGUGUGAAAAGUUUGGUAAGAUCUACGAGGUGAGGAUGAUGAUGGACUUUAACGGGAACAACAGAGGCUAUGCCUUUGUCACCUUCAGCACCAAACAGGAGGCUAAAGCAGCUAUGAAGCAGCUCAACAACUACGAGAUCAGAAAUGGCCGUCUGCUCGGAGUCUGUGCCAGCGUGGAUAACUGCCGUCUGUUUGUGGGUGGAAUUCCUAAAACGAAGAAGCGUGAGGAGAUCCUGUCUGAGAUGAGGAAGGUCACUGACGGGGUGGUGGAUGUCAUCGUGUACCCCAGCGCCGCAGACAAAUCAAAGAACCGAGGCUUCGCCUUCGUUGAGUACAAGAGCCAUCGAGCUGCUGCUAUGGCCCGUCGAAAACUUCUGCCAGGUCGUAUUCAGCUUUGGGGUCACGCCAUUGCUGUGGACUGGGCGGAGCCUGAGGUGGAGGUGGACGAAGACACCAUGGCAACCGUCAAGAUCCUGUAUGUCAGGAACCUGAUGCUGCAGACCACGGAGGAGACCAUCGAGAAGGAGUUUAACAGCCUCAGACCAGGUGCAGUGGAGCGGGUGAAGAAGAUCCGAGACUACGCAUUUGUCCAUUUCAAGCAGAGAGAAGACGCCAUCACAGCCAUGAACACCCUCAACGGGAAGGUGGUGGACGGCUCACCUAUCGAGGUGACUUUAGCCAAGCCGGUGGACAAAGACAGCUACGUCAGAUACACCAGAGGGACGGGGGGGCGGGGAGGGUCUCUGCUGCAGACCGACUACGCUGCCUACACUCUAGGACAGGUGUAUGACCCCUCAGCAGCGUAUCUGGGUGCGCCUGUGUUCUACGCCCCCCAGGCCUACGCUGCUCUACCAGGUCAGUUUCGCUUCCCUACCGCCAAAGCUCAUGUUGGAGGUCGAGGUUUUAUCAGGACGCCGUCUGUCAGAGAAAUUUACAUGACUGUACCUGUAGGGGCUGCCGGGGUGCGGGGGCUGGGUGGGCGGGGAUACCUGGCCUACGCUUCCGGGGUCGGAGCGGUGGGUCGAGGCGGGAGCAGUGGCGCCUCCUACGGCCUUAAGGUGGACAAGCAGGCAGAGGAGAAGCUGUACGACCUGCUGCCAGGAAUGGAGCUGACCCCGAUGAAUCCCGCCGCCAUGAGCCUCAAGGCUGCCGCCAUCAAACCUGCGCCACAGGUUCUGGAGGAGCUGUGUCAGAAGAAUAACUGGGGUCAGCCCCUUUAUCAGCUCCACUCUGCCAUCGGCCCUGACCAGAGACAGCUCUUCCUCUAUAAGAUUACCAUCCCGGCUCUGGCCACACAGUACCCCAACGUCCAUCCCUUCACCCCCGCUAAACUGUGUGCAGCUGUUGAUGAAGCCAAAGUCCACGCCGCCGAGCACACUCUGCAGACGCUUGGCCUGCAGGCAGAGGGCGCCGCAGAGGCCGGCUGUGCUACUGCUGCCACUGUGGCCUCAGUAGCCUUCCCAGGUUACACUUUGGCAGGCCCAGCGUCGUCUGCGGUCGCCUCCCAGCUGAAGCAGGCCGUGUCUCUGGGUCAAGACCUGACUGCCUACACCACCUAUGAUGGAUACCCCGCCUUCGCUGUGGCCGCACGCCACUCUGACGGGUACGGCGUUUUCUAGGGCAGCUGAAAAAAAAACUGAACAUCGGCACAUUCACACUAAACUGCCUGUUUUCACUGAGAUCAUGUUAGAAGUGUUUCCUGAUUGGUUAGAUCGAGCAUUAAUCACUGAGCCUGGAUGAUGGCGCUCUGGAACAGGAACAGUUUAGUCUGAACUGCCUUCAUGCUGCUGGCCAUGGAUGUCUAAGGCUGGCUACACACUAGACCCUUUACAGCAGCCCCUCUAUAGCUGAAGAGAACUCUACACUUCAAUCCAUCACAGAGUCUGCCUGAGUCAGAGCCUUCCUGAUCUGGAAUCAGAACAUUCCAGAUCCAUCUGCCUCUGACAGAAUUCCCAGGGCUGGAAAAUGACCUGAUGUGACGAGUUCAGGCGUGUCUGGAUGUUCAUCAGACAGAGCCGUUGUGUUCUAAACUCAUGUGAUUGGAGGACUGUCAUCAUUUUAACCCUCCUUCAAACAGAAACAGAUUAAGACCACUAAAAGCAUUCAUUUGGAACACAGCUUCUUUAACUUUAGUCUCACAACCCUGACUUCAAUCUCAGAAUCCUGACAUUAAUCCCAAAAUCCUGACUUUAGUCUCACAAUCCUGACUUUUACCUCAGAGUUCUGAUUUUAAUCUCCAAAUUUGGACUUUAAUCUCAGAAUUCUCACCUCAACCUCAGUACCCUCCCUCUUGUUCCUCUUGUUUUUAUGAGAACUUUUAAAGGUUGGUGUCUAGAAUAUUUCUCUAGUGGCCCUGAUGCUUGUCCGUCCUCUCCUCCGUGGUCUUAGAUGUGUUUCUCUCCAGUGAAGAGUGUUAAUGGUCGGUGUGUAGCCAGCUUUAUAGACAGUUAACGAUUUUGAUCUCAUCACAAAUAGAAACUUUCUAAGAAGCUGCUGGAAAAUGUCCGGACUCGUCAGGUGUCCUGACACAAAAUCGUCACUUGUAUCUCUGUGAUUGUUUUUUAUCUGAACUUCUGUGAUAAAUCAUUGAUCGAUAAAGGAACAGCCCGUGAUUGGCUGAAUAUGUGAAUGAAUGCUUCAAAUCUAUUUUACAGCCUUUUCAGGUUGUUUGCAUGUUUCUAGUUGUUUACUAUAUUCAUGAAGUCAAUCAUCUUCUUCUGGUAGAGGACCUUUUCUAAUCUGAAGCCCAUUUCACACCAUAAAUACUCAAGGAGACACCACAGUUCACACCACAGCAUCUGCAGACGAUGAUGGGUUCCCAUGGCAACACCUCUCUCAUAGCUGUGUUGCUGCUGCAGCAAAUGAAUGAGAACAGUGAUAAUAAGAUACUCUGUCUGACUGCAGCUCCUAUUUUGUCACAAAACUUUGAAAGAAACAAGAGGAUCCAGACAUCAGAGUCUGUGGAUGUUUCAUCAGAAUAAACCCAGAGAAGAUCUAAGACAGGAUCUACACAGACAUGAAGAUGCAGACGAUCUGGUCAGUUUCAAAAUAAAGUACAAUUCCCCCGUACCGGGCUCUCUCUGCUCUCUGUUAUUGUGAUGCAGGCUGUGUAGCAUGAAUGCAGCGCUGCAGACAUCUGUAGGUCUCCCUGAGCUGUAACUCUUUGGUGUGAACUGUGUUCAGAUAUCUGAAUUUUUUGUAGCUGUACAGAUGCACAUUUUAGUUUUACACUGUGAUGUUAUUUUAACCGUUUUUCCUGUCAGCCUCCAAAGCUCUGGAGAAUAACAAAGACGUGGAAAAUGUGGAGUUUUUCUGGAUGUUUAGGUUUUUUAAACUGUUCUUCCUUUCUCUCUAAUAUAUGAGACUGAUGCUUUAAUGAAGUUUUCAGUUAGUUCUGUCUUUUUAAAGCCGGGUGUAUUUGAUGUUAAAGGCUGGGUCAGCACUGGUGGAGAAACCAGCAGAGAAAGAGGUAUACUGCCAUGAUCUCAUGUGCUAGUGUGUGCACAGGUAGAUGUGCAGGUAAAUCCAUCAUUUUGUGAUUAUUUUAAAGCCCUGAAGCAGCAGCAGAUAGCAGAUCUUUGCUCUUUAGUUCUCUUUCAGAAGGAGAAACACAUUUCAGUGGAUGUUAAAGAGUUAGGGAUGUCUCCACUGUUUUUUAAAUUGAGUGAGAUCAGCUGAUACCAAUUCUCUCCAGUGUUAUGCUGCAGCUGUGAUUUUUAGUGAUUUAAACAGUGGCGCUGAGCCAAUGAGAGCCCAGCCAGUGGGGGCUGAACCAAUGGUAGCCCAGACAAUGGAGUCCAGCCAGUGCUGGAGGUCACAAACAUCCCAUAGUUUCACAAAAUUUUGAGCUCUAAGAUGAUCAGUGUUGGGUAGCGUUACUUUUGAAACUAACUCGUUAGAUUACUGCGUUACAUACUGAGAAAAGUAAUGUGUCACGUUGUUGCGUUACCUAUUUCUAAAACUAAAGCGUUAGAGUACUUUUGCGUCACUAAAUAUUAAAAUCCUUUAGCCACUCGUUCCACUUGGCGGAUGUAAAAAUGACAGAAAAUGACUACACAUCUGCAUUUGAAUAUGCAGACUGUAAUGCCAAAGUACAGUGUAAUUUACAGCCAUAAUCUGUAUGUCUGAAGCCUGAGAGCACUGCUAAUGGACAGGAAAACCUUUACAGCUCUUUAACAUGCUCACAAUUUGACAACAAGCUGAGCAGAGGCAGACAGAAUCACUCCAAUGCUGUGCGUAAUAACUGCGCGUAAUUGGAACAGCUGAUUCAAUUAAAGCAAACAGAGCUUUUAAACUUCUGUUUCACCAGGAUGCUGUUUUUGUCCCUUUCAUUCAAAAAUCCGUCGUAAUGGGGAUAAUUCCACUGUGGCCUGCUGUCCUCUUUGACAUCUCACUGGCUCAACAAGCUAACAAUGCGCGCAUAAUGGCACAGAAUGUUUACCUUCCGCUGGUAUGUGCCAACAUGACUACAGGAAGAGAGAAGGACGAAUGGAGCAGAUGCUUCAAGGAGCUUCAUUUUUUCUUUCUCCCUUUUUGAAGCCACGGAAGAGAGCAGAAAUUUGGGAUUUUUCUUUCAGUAACGGAUUACUUUUGUGAAAAUGUAACUAAUAACAGGAUUACUUGAAUUAUAAAACUAACACGUUACGUAGCUCGUUACUUGUUACUCCAAAAAAGUAAUCUGAGUACUCUACAGAUUGCUUUGUAAUGCGUUACCCCAACACUGAAGAUGAGAAACCUGUUAGCCAGGAUGCUAGCUCCUAUGUUACUUAUCCAACACACAAACAGUCCUUAACAAAUGUAUUAGCCCACCUGUCAUCUCUGUCUCAGAGACCAUCCAGCAUCAUGAAGUGCUUUAAUGCGGACUCUUUCAUUUUCAGUCAGCUCUCCACGUUUUACCAUUUUGAACAGG